AUGCAGGCUGCCGAAUGGCAAGUCAAAGCUUACAAAGCCAAGCUUGCCGAGAUGAUGACGGCUCUGGAGGGUGCGCAGCUGGUGGCUAGGGAGGCUAAGGAGGCGAUGCAGGUGGCCUUGGAGGAGUCAGAGCGUGCCAAGGCGUCGGAGAUCGACGCUACCGUCUAG